AUGCAAGCAGACCGUGACCGAGCUGAAGUCUCUCCUUCUUUGAGGAAAAAGAAAUGGAUGUCACGGCGCAGAGGUGCAUUCGAUCUGAUUUUGUUGACUUUGGGUAUGACACAGGCGAUGUUGCAUGAUUUGGAGUGCGAGUACCAGCUCUCGAAGAAGCAGCAGAUCUCCAACAAGCCUCCGAUAGCGUCAGCAACCGAGGAAAUUUCAGUAGAGCCGUGGCACGCAGAGAACGACAACUCUGGACUUGCUACACUCGCUCCCUCGCCGAACGACAUACAGAUACUGCCAGAAUCAACAGCCACACACCUUGGAGGAGCCAACCUUGUUUCCGGAAAUGCAGGCAGUGGGCUCCAAGACAUGAUGUUUGAUAGGUAUGCUCAAAAUGAUUUCUCGGCUGCAUCUAUGGAGUGGAUUGGCAGUGACAAUCUAGGAGCACCGUUUUCUGUCGACAUGAGCAAUAUGAACGGGCUGGGAAUGCUACCUUGGUCACCCCCGAAAAACACCUAUCCGGAGGCCAAUUUUGAUAUCCCGUAUCCAAUCGAACAUACUACCGAUGCAUCAGCAAACCUUCCCUCAACCUCACAAUUCGAGCUGAAUUUACCACUGUCUCCGACCGGACCAACGAGGGCCAGAUAUGAUGAGAAAAUGUGGGAAGAAGUUAGUUCAAAGAUUGCAAUUGGGAAUCUUCCAGGGACGAUGUCAUUCGGGGUCGGCGGUGAGCAAUAUGAGAGCACCCAUUCACGCUGGUACUGGAGCGACACUGCAUUGAUUGAAAAGUGCAAGUCUGCUUGUUUCGAAGAACCACUUGGCAUUUCCACCUUUUUGACGAGAUCGCAUUUCGACAAUUAUGUCCAACAAGCAAGGGAGUCGCCAUCUAUUGAGGGCGUAGCAGAAGGCGAUCUCUCGAAUAAGAAUGGCAUUAAGCUCUCGCGACGCCGUGCAGCGAUCGCCCGACACACUCCUGAAGAUGCAGCAAUGACGACAAUUUCUGAGCAAAUCGAUCGCAAAAUUUACACUGAACUGUUAUCAUACGCAGUCAGCUGUGCCAGAACCCGAAGAUUCAUGAAUCGGGACUCGGUAUACAUGGCCAUGACAAAAGAGAAAGAAUACCUUGCAAGAAGGAGUCUGUGGUACCUCUACUCGAUCGAAGUCGUCCAUUCCAUACGCGAUGGAAUGCCACCUAUCCUCAGCCGCGACUGGACUGACUAUGCGCUUCCCGAAGUCAGCAAGGACACAGAUUGGCUGCGCAUCCAAUGUCAAUAUGCCAACGCUCUCAGCUCAGCAGUCAAUACGCUCUACAGUCAAAGGGCUCUUCGCCAAACUGUGGACGAGCGAGAACGAACUCUGAUGCAGGCACACAAGGUCCUCGAAAGCUGGAGAACAGGUCUUCCAACACAUCUGCAGAAUAUCCAUCGGCAUGAAACAGGGUAUCUCACCCUUGACGACCAGAAGACGCGCCAUUUGACCUUGACCAUGGUUCACACGUAUCAUGAAGCCAUAUUUAUCAUUUUCUUUCCAUGGACCGGAAGCCAGUCCAAAGGACUAGUCUCGGAACACUAUCGCAAGACGAUCAUGGAGCUUUGCGUAAAGUCAGCCCAAGCCGUGUUAGCCAUCGCGUCCCGAAUCUCAAGCUGUGACAUACUCGACGGCAAGCUUAUCAAUCUGAUUGCCGUGUCGAUCUGUGUGACUUUCUUGGAUAUUGUGAGUACCGGUUCCAAGAAAAGCUUGCCAUACUUAACCGAUGCUCUCAAGCUUACGCAGCUCGCUCAAAAGUCUGGGAAACCCUGA